CUCUUGGAGCAAUUUUCCCAGAAAAAGCGGACGCCGGUUUUCAUAUUACACUUCACUUCGUUAGCGUAACUUUCUAUUUAUUUUUUUAAUUCUCCAGCGCGGCGUGUGUGAGCUCUUCCGUCGCUCCUCCAUCAUGGUCCCGAUGCGGAUUUGAGGCGAACCGUCGGAGCGGGACAAAGUGAAAUGCAUCCCCGGAGCGCUGAACCUGUUCCCUCCCGCACAGCACAAAGCCUGUGAAGCAGGCCGUGUUUUCUCCUCCACACCGAGACGCUGAUGAUGCUCAAACAUGUCGGGGAAUCAGUACAAAGGCCACGAAGUCAGCUGCUGCAUCAAGUACUUCAUUUUUGGAUUCAACAUCCUCUUCUGGCUGCUGGGAAUGGCCUUGGUUGGAAUUGGACUGUGGGCAUGGAGUGAGAAGGGGGUUCUGUCCAACAUCUCAUCCAUCACAGAUCUGGGGGGUCUUGACCCUGUCUGGCUCUUCAUGGUGGUUGGGGGGGUCAUGUUCAUCCUGGGCUUCGCCGGGUGCAUCGGAGCGCUGCGGGAAAACACGUUUCUACUCAAGUUUUUCUCGGUGUUUCUGGGAAUCAUCUUCUUCUUGGAACUGACGACGGGAGUUCUGGCGUUUGUCUUCAAGGACUGGAUUAAAGACCAGCUCAACCUGUUCAUCAAUAACAACAUCCGGGCGUAUCGGGACGACAUCGACCUACAGAACCUUAUUGAUUUCACUCAGGAAUACUGGGAGUGCUGCGGCGCUUUUGGAGCAGAUGAUUGGAACUUAAACAUCUAUUUUAACUGCACUGAUGGGAAUCCUAGUAGGGAAAAGUGUGGAGUUCCCUUCUCCUGCUGCACCAAAGACCCAGCGGAAGAUGUAAUAAACACUCAGUGUGGAUAUGACAUUCGAGCUAAACCAGACUCGGAGCAAAAAGACUACAUCAACGUGAAAGGCUGUGUGCCGCAGUUUGAGAAGUGGCUGCAGGACAACCUCACCUUGGUGGCUGGGAUCUUUAUAGGAGUUGCACUACUGCAGAUUUUUGGCAUUUGUUUGGCCCAAAACUUAGUGAGUGACAUCGAGGCUGUGCGGGCGAGCUGCUCCAUCUUUGAACACAUCUCCUUGAACACACCGUCGGGGAGAAUUGGGAGGAUGAACAACGAUCACCUGCACCAUUUCCUUCACUGAACCAGCACCUUUUUUCAAGGCACGAAUACGUGAAGUGCUCUGUACAUAUAAACACUGUGUGUGUGUGACUACUGUAAAAAGUGGGUGAGGUCGGUGAAACACGGACUACACGCAGAUCAUUGUCAGGCUGCAGUUUUGAUAGCUACAUUUAGCGAGUAGGAGUUUUGAUACAUCAUUUUGAUAUUAGAUCCGUAUUUUUCACUGUGGACAUAAUGGCCCGUUGUUACAUCAUCAUGUAGGACCGUAUAGCGACUGCGAUGGACGGUUGUCAAACAUAAGUGCUUGCUUCGUAUCACCCCUUGCAGUACAGUCGGGCGAAGUUACAAAGGAACUCACUGGUUUUGAACUAAAAACACGCACACACACACAAAAAAAACACCGUUAGGAUUGUUGUGAUUUAUAGCAGAUUCCAGAUGCACACAUUUUUAUUCAAUAGUCUGUUUAUCUAUGGAGCUAAAUGGAAUUGUUGUUGCACUAAACUGUUUUUUUUCUCAGUUCCUGUUCAGCGGCUGUCAAACAGCAAUGCGGACAAUUAAGCGUAACACAAAAGAGAUAAAUAUUUUUCUGGAUUUGAACCCAUCCAGCAUGAAAAAGGGGAUAAUAAUGAUUUAUUACUCAGCUAAUGGACUAAAAGAGUUGUGUGUAAAUAAAUUGAUGGGCUACACAGGAUUUUUAAGCAUUACACUGGGUAUCAAACCUCAGUGUUUUUAUUCUUUUGGCUACUGACUGAUAAAUGUCCAUCACAGGCACAUGGAAACCUCAAAGCUUAUUCUUUAAAUCUGUUUUAUUCAAGGGAAGUUCCUUUGCGGCUGCUUGCACUUAGACAUCAGGCUUAAAAUCUUUUUUUGUGUGCUCACGUGCAACUUCGAUUAAGCUACUUUUUGCUGUAGUUGUUCCCUCUUCUCCGAGCGAUCCCGUCACAAGCUGGCGAAAGUGAAAGUCCUUGUUCCACUCAAAAGGUGCUGAACAAAAACAUAAACGCAGCAAAGGGGAAAAAAACAUGUUCCAACUUACAGCAUCUUUACCACAUCAUGGACAUGGUGGAACAGCCAAAUACGCACUAUACUGGAAAUGAUAAUGGGAGGAUCAAGAGUGGGGUCACAGACCAGAAAUGUCAGUAAUGAGUCAUCAUUUGAGGCGCUGCACAUCUCUGAGUUAUUGAGGUUGUCAGUAGUGGCUUGAGGAAUGCUUUCACACUUUUUCUGGUAAAGUUGGUGUAAAUUUUGGUUGGUCCAUCCAAGAGAACCCACAGAUGAUCAAUAGAUGACAAGUCUUGAGAUUCUGCACACAGUGGUUGGAAUGGAACAUUCUCGUAGUUUAAUCGUAGCAACUGGACUUGCUUGAGUUUCUUGAAGAAGCUCAAGAAACUCAAGCAAGUCCAGUUGCUAUGAUAGAUGAGAACAACCGUGACCAGGAUGACUUGAGAAUCUUCACAGACAUAGUGCAUGUUCUGGUGAGGUGUUGGUAGCGAAUGAACAGGAUAACCAUGAUGUAAGAUAAUAUUGGGCUUUGAGAUUGCCAGACAUUUUCUUUGUCCAUGGCAUGGUAACAGUGGCUCCAUGGGCCACUCCCCAUACAACACUAGCAUCCGUUUUGUCAUCACCUGUACAACACUAAACACAACGCCAGCCAUCUUCUCUGAAAAUGAGAUCCAUUUGUAAAAAGAACUGCCCUCUAUCUUGUUAGUGUCCAACAAAUGCGAGUAGUUGCCCAGUGGAGCCGAUGAUUUUCUACAAACGUCUUGGUGUAAGCAACAAGAUUACAGACCAGCUUCCCAGUCAGUUGAAAAUGAUUUUGAAAUUAUCCCAAUGUUACAAUCUUAGGUUUGGUCUGUGGUUGUAGUGGACUGUUGGUCAUACCAUUCUGUCUGAAAUGAUUUCUGAAAUAACAAAUGGUGGAGUUGUGGACAUUCAAGGGCCUGGCUCCAUCCAGCAUGCCAGUGGUCCAUUCUAGUCUUUGGCCCAUUAAAGUUAAGGGCCAAAGGAGUGUAUGUGUACUGGUCACAUUUUUUGUUCACACCUAACCAGCAUGUAGAUGGACACAAAGGUUGCUGCUCAAAAACUGUAUUUAAUUGGCUAAACUGAACCCUUUCGAAAAUUUUCUGAAAUAAGGACUAUUUUUGUGCUGCGUUUAGAUUUUUGUUGCCGUUUUUAUCCAAAGUGGUGUGGGGAAGGUGCACUGGAGUUUGUACGGAACAAGGACCAUGUCCUCCAUACAGUCACCGAUGACUGAGAAACAUUUGUCAAAGUAGAAAAUGGUAGCUAUUCAAUCAUAAUCAAUCCUGAUCACAAGACGUCAUGUGUGACAAAAUCACCAUCAUGUUUUUUUGUCGUGAAAAUUUGGAAACUCAUCGUUACUUCCCAUCUUUAUAUGAAGUCUUUACACACAAGUGACUACGAAUCGUAUGUAGUUCCACACCCGUCGUCGUCUCACAUCGCACCGGUUGUUACAUUUGCCGAGGAGCUCAUGUUUUUUGGUGGGAAACUCCUAAAAACUUCAGUGAAGUCUGGUGGAAAGUCAGAACAAUGGGGCCAAGAAGCAGCUAUUUUUUCAUUUGAUGUGCAUCAGAGAUUUUUUCUGACUUUUUCAUAGAGCGAAAUGGGCAUUUGUACGCAUUUAGAAUAUUUCCUACACAGCAUUCAUGCACUUACUUGAACAAACAGCAGAUCUAGCACUUGCACCCUACGAUUGUCGUUCACUGUGUGUAUUUUGACGCAGAUCCGGUCAGUACGCACCAUAUCGAGUGGAAAAAAAAUAGUCGAUAAAUCUGGAAUCGCAAAAAAAAGAUGUUGAUAUUUUCAGUGUUGGUUUAAACUUGCUGAAAGCAUGUGUUUGUAGCAAAGUACUGACAGUAUUUUUUUCAAGCGGUGGUCUUUGUCGUCACUCUGAGCUUCUUUGAAAGGGAUCGACGCUGUUUUUGAUACUAAAUAUUUAUUGUACAUUUGAUUUGGUUUUCUAACACUAAAACACAGAACUACUGAUUCUGAUUUGUCACUGUUUGGACGGUUGUAAAAUGUUCUAACGAGAUGUUCUGCAGUCCUGUGAGGCCCUCUCACUCGUCACUACCUUCACCACGUUCAUGGAUUGUUUCGCCGGUAACCGUAUAUCCCACAAACAUUGUAAUGUAACUACCUCCUCUCAUUUCCCUGUCUCAUGUCCUGUUGAAACUGAUUUUAAUGUCAAGUAAAAUUAAUUAAUAAAGCUGACAAAAACACUGAG